AUGAAAAGAGUGGACAUGGGCAAUAGCAUUCAGAGGAGGUCUGGCAGUGGUGGAGCCAACAAGAAGCGGAAUCAAGACUUCAUCAAUACUCCCAAGGCCAAAAUUUCAACGCAUCCAGCCACAUCCUUCAGGAAGCUGGCUUCUGAAAUUGAACUUGAUCACAAGAACGUCAGAGCAGCUAUGAAUGAUAAUUUGGGCCUCAAGUCCUACAAUAGGACACCGAGACGCUUAUUGGCAGAACCUAUCAGGGCUAGGAGAUUGGAGAGGCGAAUAGGAGUUCUUAAGAAGAGCCGGUCCGCUAUGAAAAUUUUCUCUGACGAGAAAAUCUUUACUGUGGAUAAUGUUGUCAACCGCAGAAACAACCGGUACAUUGCGAGUGAACAGCUGACAUCAAAGACACCGUCAGAACAAAACAUUCAACCCAGUUCAUUGCUGUUGUGGCUUGUAACAGAUGAAAGAUGCCCUUCUACUUCUACAAGUCUCGAGAACAAAAUGUAA